UUUUUACAAGUGGUACGCAUAAACCAAAUUAAUAAAGAUACCAUUUGUAUAUAAACUAUAUUUCAUUUAAUAUAUUGAGCAUUUCGAUUACAAGAUAAUUGCAAGUGACGAAUCUUAACCGAAUGAAAAUGUUAAGCGCGCUUUUUCAAACCAAGAGCAGCUUCACCAAGCAAGUUCCCCGGGCUGUAAUGAAAAGGACUCAGCACCAAGAAAAGAAAAUCAACGAUCAAAAUUGAGAUCUUGCAGACACAUCAGUGACAUCACGCAACUCGAGUCACCAGGGAACUCCAAGACCAAGGAACAUUCCGAAACUAUUUUCAUUCAUAUCCUAUCUAUAAAAUUUCUUUACUAACGUGGAAUUUUGUUGUUGGUAAAGAACUAACAGCUUCACUGAUAUAUGUUAUCUUGACACUCUGUUUUUUUAAACGCCCAUUCAUAUUAGCACAAAACAAGUGGGGUCAUUAAACUAGGAAUUUAUUGAGCUCUUCAUUGUACGCGGAUAGAACUGAAGAAUGUGUAGACGCUCGUGACAACGUUCUUUAAGGCAAUAACUGCGGUAUUUAUUUCAAACGGAUCAUUAUUUUUCCACAAAAUUUGGAAUAGACAGCAUGCUUCUUGACACUUACACACUCAUAUCAGGCAUCCCAAUUUAGCGGAAAGUAUAUUUUCAACUUUUUCUGGAUGGUAAGUUUCUGGUGUUUAAUAUGCGUGUAUAUUAUUGAUAAACAAAUAAAGCAAUGAUAUAUUUCGAAUUUGCCAAACGGUGCAAAUUAAAUCUUGUUGCGCAGUAUUUGUUGCUAGUGUUAAAUAAAUUAAAUAAUAAUGACAUGUCAAUUGGCAAAUAGACUUAGAUCAAAUUUAUGCGCCAAUCCUCUUAGUUUUGCUGAAUUUUUAAAAAUUUUUUAUAUAUUAUUAUUCAGUGGUAUUUUGAUAAUCAACAAUUUCACCGACAUUUGUUCCAAAAAUCAUCUUUUUUCUAUCAUGAUCCGGCCAUCAAAAAACGAUUUUCCGUAAUAUCGUAGCUACUCGAUAUCAAAUGAGUAUUAUUCAAUCAAACAACGAAAGCAAUGAAAUGGCUAAGAAUGUCUCUGCUUAUUUGCUAACUAAUUUUGCGUCAGAGUUUUGCUGGUCGUCUCAUACCCUGAAGACUAUUCCUGAAGUGUUCUGCCACCAAAGCUGCAAACUCCCAACCCAAGGGUCAUCGAAACUUUUUCCUUUGGCCGAUUACGAAGGAAAAUCUUCAGCCUCCCAAUUUCGGGAGACGUCAGAACUCUGCGUUCCAGGGAACAAUUUUGGCUCACAGUCUGCGCAUGCGCCGUCCAAUACUGCGAUGGGUAUUGGCUCAAGUGCCCUGAGAAGUGACGUCUUCUAUGGUGGUCUUAGAGGCGAAGUGGAGACUGGCUGGAUUAUUAACAACGCUCUGUUGGAUUUUGCAGAAGAAAUGCAUGAUGAUAUUUUUGAUGUCAAUGGACAUUUAAUAUCGAACGCAGUAUUGGCAGAUGGUUCAAGUUUUGAUGAUUGUGGCACAACAGAAAAUACAAGCACGGAGACACCUGACGGGCAAGCAAGAAGCAGCAGGAAUAUCAUUACUGCAAGCAACGAGUGUGUUAGUCCUAAGGAAAAUGAAGGCCAAACAAAAUUGAACGUAGAAACAACUGGUGAAGUCGUCGGAGCCGAACCUACUGCACCACAGAAUACGAAGAUAGAACAAAUGAAUUCAAAUGCGUUCCUGCCGAGUUUCUAUGGUUCAAUAGAUAAAGAUUCCAAUAAAUUUAAAAAAAUGACUGAGUUGACAACCGAAUGCUUGACAUCUUCGUUACUAGUGGAUAAUCGAAGUAUUGGUUCAGAUCCCAUAAAAUUAACCCUGCAAAAAAGUUUUAAUCCGAAUGAGUGUUGUCAGUCUACCAGAAAGUCAAAGAGUGCUGAAAUACUGUGUCACGGUAACUCAAUCAUUGCGGUUAAAAGCGAUGUGAAUAAUAUUGAUACCCUAGAAACAUGUGAAUCGGAAAGAGUUGAGUCUUGCACUUCAGAAAAUAAUAACCGACCUGGGAAAGCUCUAAAACCGACCAAUCGAGAAAUCACGGUCGAAAAUAUGCCUAAAUCUUUAUCUUUUGAAGAGAGGAGACAUUCAACUCCAGAGCCAAUACCGAUCACAGAACACUCUGAUGGGAAUGGAAAUACAAAAGAAGAACUAGAACUUGAAUGUAAAGACGAUGAAUCGAAGAGCAAAGACUUUAAAUUAAACGUGUCAUAUGAAAGUCAUGUGAACAAUCCAAUCUACUUCAUGAACAAAUCAAUUCAAACUGACUUGGUGAGGGAGUCCGAAGACGACGCAUUUCCCAGCAUCGUCUCGAGCGACAGCGGUGUUUUCGUGCCAAUCUGUGUCGGUACUGAAAAAGACGACUUAUCUUUUGUUCUGCAACGAGCCUCGGCCGAAGGUAACAGCCUCAGUGAGUGCGAAUCACUUCAGAGUGAACUUCUAUCCAGUCUGACUGAAUCGAAUGAGCUAGGGACUAACAGUUUCAGUUCCCCGCUAAGCGGUAAGCUAUUCAAAGAGUACCAGACAGCUCAUGCAACUUUUUCUUUCGAUUAUCGAUCCCAAAUCCACCCCGCGAUGUCGAUUGGACGGUGCGCGUCGGAGGAGGGCAUUUUUUCUCCAUCCGAUGGAGAUGAAUCUAAUGGCUGCAAUGAAUCUUUCGAUACGAGUUUCACUGAACAUUUGGUCCAUAAAACAUUCAACUCGAUAUACACUAAAGACGAGACCGACUUUGUUACUUCUGACCACGAAGAAUUAAAAUCAAAACAUUUCAAGGAUUCUGAAACUAAUAUUUUCACUGCUUCUAAUUCUCGCGAGACAAAAGUUAAAACAGCACCUAAGGAGCAGCAAAAACGUACAGAACUCAUGAGAAUUUCGUUAGAGGAUUUAGAUAUCCAAGCUCGUUGCACGAGUGAUCUGCCGAGCGCUGAUUUGAAAUUUGCCGAUAAAAUGUGUGAAUUGGACGAGCUUGCAGGCACCCAGCAAUUGAGUGAAGACCUAAAAAAUGCCAUAAGACGAGCGAUACUCACAGAAAAAGAAAUCAAUGAGCGUGAAGCCAGGUGCGUUGAUAACGACCAAUCAGAGAAAAAGAUCGAACAUUCUAAUCAAAAUUUUCCACGAAUUAAUGGAGAAACAAAUAACAGUUCUAAACCAACAACUCUUACAGAUGUGAAAAAUGGAUCUUUGGGGCGUUCGCCAAAUAAGCUCGACUACGUCAAGCAACGGAAACUCGUUAAACCUAAAGAAGCUGCCGAUAAAGUUGUGAAGCAUGAUUCAUCUUCUCGAAAAUCUCCUGUUUCAUUUCACAACGAGAAUAGAAUAGCAGUGGUUGACAAAAAUCAUCCAAUAUAUAAUUUAAGGCUCCGAUUGGAAACUCGCAACAAAAGAAGCGCAGAAGAAACAAGAACGGAAGAGUCCGCGCUUCUGUCGGAGUACUUGCGCAUCCAGCAUCGCAUAAGUUCCUUGCUCUCCGAUGUAAAAAAGAUGUCACGUGAAACGCGCAACUGGAAAAUGGAGUUCACUUCAUUGCAGACCCGUACGAACAGCAUAUACGACGAGAGAGACGACCUCUUGAAACUCAGAGACAGCUUAAUGAAAAUAUAGAAUCUCAUUGAGAGCUUCGAACAGUAUUUAUAUUGAAUGGGGCGCUGAAAGUCAGAGAAAGAAAGUGAGAGGCUAAAUUUGAUCAAAGUUGAGAAUCUGAGCGAGCCGUAUGAACUUUAAAGGAAUAACUUUGCCAAUGGCAUUUACUAUUAUGUUGAGGCCAAUAAAUUUUUCUGAAUAGUAUUGCAGAAAUAUCGGAAAUACCGCCUGAAUGCUGAAGUAUAUUUUUGAGAAUUAGUGGCUUUAUUAUUAAUUUAUCGAUAAAUUGUUAUUAUUCUGUGGAUAAUUUGUAUAUGUACAAUUAGUGUACAAUGUAGUAAGCAUAAACUGUGUCGUAACUGCACAAUACACGCUUUACAGUUUACACGGUACGAUUAUGUCUACCUUUGUUGUUCUAAGUGUAAAAAUUUACCAGUUGAAAUUCAAAGUUACGUCAUGAUUUGUUUCAGCUGGAACAAAUACUAAAACAUAUAUCAGGUCAGUGCGUGCUCAAUUAAAGAUUUAUUCGCAUUUAUACAGCUUCGCAUUCAUGGUAAUGACAAUUCUUUUACUUAUUGUAACAAUUUUUGGAAUGCUUACUGCAAAACUGAGCUUAAUGCAAUCGCUUGCUCAGUUUUCCUGGUAAUAAAAGACCGCAACUUGUGAUUGUAUUUAAAAAUCGAUGCAAUUUUCUUACAUGUGUAUAAUAAAUGUACCACAAUGUAACUAUAAUGUAUAAUACUCUUCGUAAUCGAGCUUAUAUAAGCAUGAAGUAUUAACGUAUCUAAAUGAAAAUUUUGAGCGCAAAAAUUGUUAUUGUUAUUGCGCAAAAACAAGAUAAAUUAUUUUUAGAGUUAACUAGGCAAGCUUUUGUGGACAGGUCAAAAGUUGUUCGAUUUCUGCUAAAAUUUUGGCGCGUCUUCACUGAAGUAAAUGUAUGCGUUUUUUUAUGAAAUAACAAAAGUAUCUGAUGUAAGAAAUUGGAAAAACGUCUUAAGGCUGCGAUUUUCUUGUUGGAUGAAAGAAGUCGCAAUUAAAUUUGACACACUGUAGCCCUCUUGUUUAUCAUGAAUUAUUUGUCAGCUGUCGUUCAAAAUAUAAAUCUUUUGUUUGUAGCGUAUAUAAUAAGUGUUAGAGAUUAUUGAACUGUUUUUAAUUUCUUCA